AUGACCGCAGGCUUAAUCUGCCCCUCCCCACACUCUCACCGCCACUCUCACCCUCUCUCCCUCCCACACGCUCUCCCUCACUCCCUCAGUGCCUCAUUCACUCAAUCCCCCACCAGCACUUCCAAGCACUGGUCCUUCAAGACCAAACUUUCCCUCCCCUCACUCCUUCUGUCACUCCCUUCCCUCACUCCCUCUCUCACUCCCUUCCCUUCUCCCCCCCCUGCCCCGCUACUCCCUCAAAUCACUCCCUCACUCCCUCCUUCACCUCACUCCACCCCUCACUGCCCCCCUCAGCUGCAGUUUGAUGCAUCCGUCUUUCACGCCUCCGCCACUCCCUUUCCCAAUUCAAUGCAUCCGUCUUUCACGGCCCCGCCACUCCCGAGCGCCACUUUAAGCUUCUUCAGCAGAGCUGCCACCUCAGCAUCGCCGCCCGCCAAUCGCAGCCCCUCCACCACCGUCACCGUUUUCCCGCCACUGUCACCGAAUCUUGGCGCAGUUUCGGGUCUGGCCCCACGCUUCUGCGUCUCGGCCGCCAUCCAUCAUUCAGACAGCAACAGAGCUCCUCUCUCCGAAGCUUCCGCGCUGUCGCACCGGCACGCCUCGUCCCCGCUCUCCGACCCUCUCCCCCCUCGCAGCAUCUGCCACGCGACGAAAAGACCAAUCACCAGACGCCACGUGGCGACGAAAGACGCAGUGGACGGAGGCUCCGCCAGCGGCGGCGGCGGCGGCGGGAGCGGGGAGGAGAGUGACGAGGACGAGGAGGUGGCGACGCUGGUGCGAGGGAUGACUUUCGCGGAGCUGUGCGAUGAUUUCGAGUGCGUGAGCAGUCCCGCCGUUGAGCGAACGGCGAAACAGCUGGCGAGAGACAUUCACGACAUGCGCGAAGACAAGCGGACGCUCUCGUGUUUCGCCAUUGAUUUAAAAUACUCGGAUUCGAUUCGGUCCUUCACGGGUCGCGACAAAUACCGCCGCCUUUCGUGGAUCCGCGCCGCGCUUCAGAACUCCUCAGUGCACAUGCUGGGAAUGUCAAUGGAGUCAACGAGCGUCCUCGUGAUCACCUGGCAGCUGCGCGGGUACCUCGUCAUCCCGGGCGGCUUGCUGGACGCGCGCGUGACGUCAACCUUCACGCUCAACCAGAUCAGCGGCCAGGUCAUCCAGCACCGCGACCAAUGGGACGUCGCCAGCUCAGCGCUGCCCAUCCAGCUGGCGUUCUGGGCGUCGCGCCUCGCGUGGGCCGCGUCGGAGGCGAUUAAAGACGUCACGGAGAAGUCGGGGGAGGGGAGCAAGAGCGGGGGCGGCGACUCGAAUUAUAUUUAUCCGCACCCGUCCGGCGACCCUAGACGAGUAGGUCGCCCCCAUUGCAGUUCACCUCAUGCUUGCCUUGCUAUCUUCCGAACCACUCCCAGCACCUCCUCUGCAGUUCAUCUAGCAGAGCGGCCCCAUCAGGACCUUUACCAGGCAGCCUUGUUCAUCUGCACCACGCCUCUUUCAACUCCUCUAUACCCCUAUCACUCCCCCUAUCACUCCCCCUAUCCCUCCCCCUAUCACUCCCCUUAUUACUCCCCUAUCACUCCCCCUGUCACUCCCCCAGCCCUAUCAUUCCCCCUAUCACUCCCACUAUCACUCCUAUCACUCCCCCUAUCACUCCCACUAUCACUCCUAUCACUCCCCCUAUCACUCCCACUAUCACUCCUAUCACUCCCCCUAUCCCUCCCCCUAUCACGCCCCUCAACCCCUCGACCCUCUCUGAAGUUCAUCCAGCAGGGCGACCCCAACAAGGACCUCUACCAGGCGGCCUUGUGUUCACUCGUGCCUUGUUUCUCCCAAACCAAUCCUCUCAUCCCACCACCAUCCCUUCACUCUUCACCCCCCUCCCCUUCACCCCUCGCUGCAGUUCAUCCAGCAGGGCGACCCCAACAAGGACCUGUACCAGGCGGCCUUCUUCAUCGCUCUGCUCUACCUGGUCGUGCAGGCCGUGCAGCUCAUCAUCUGAUCCCACACGCCUCCUCCUUGCUCGCUUUGGAGAGGGAGAGCAAAGCAGACCAACUUCAGUAA